AUGGUUAAUGAUUCUUUCAAAUGUUUGAUCAUCAAUUCAAUAUUGGAGUUAAUAAAAUAGGAUAUAAAAUUAGAAAUUAUAAAGUAAAAGAUAGGUUUGUAGUAAGGAAUUGCUCUUAAAAAUAUAAUCAAAAGAUAGUAAAAUCUAGCAUAAUUUAUAGGGUAAAUUUUCAAUCAUUGUAAUUGUUAUCUUAACAUUAUUAAUAGGGUAUUAAAUUAACAAUUUGAAAACUAAAAUUUUUAUGAUGAGAAAGGCCAAUAUUAUAGUUAAAUUAUUUAUUCAUAUGGAAUUUAGGAACUCAAAUCUUUGUAUCUAUUUUGUUUUAUUCGCUAAUAAUGAAAUGUCAAUAUGGUUACAAUUUUGCAAAUGUUUAAAAAGUUUUGAAAGAAUAGGAAUAUAAUAAAGGUAAUAGAAUAAUAAUAAUUCUAAUGAAGAAGAAAAUCAGAUUAGAUAGCAUUAGAUUAUUAUUAUUCUCAACCUGAUUUGUAAUAAUUUUGAAUUGCUGUUUCAAUAUGCUUAAUAGCAUAAUCUCAUUAGUGUAAAUUUGGAUUAGUUCUUCAUUGAAAAUGAUUGA